UAUUAAUAGUUUGUUCUAAUUAUUCAGUUUUUAGCCAUAUAACUUUUUUGAGCUUUGUGAUGACUUAUUUAAUUGGUGUUGAUAAAUCGGGAAGUAUACAAAAUACCCCAUAUUAAAAGAGCAUUCCCGCCUAAACAUACAAAUAAUCUGUUUUAUCUUGAAAAUUUUAUAAAAUUUAUUGUUUUUGUGCCACCCUAUAGAAAUAUCCCGUUAUAUACCUGUUCAAUGCCAUUGUUGACUUCCAGGUUUCCAGGAGUAACGGAGAAAGGUUGACAAGGCACGCAAUGACACUCAUCCGUCCGCGUUCCGUUAACCUCGAUUAUUUUACAAGUUUCUUUGAUCGAUCUCUUAUACACUAAUCCCGAAUAUGAGUAAAAAAUUGUAAUUAACUUAAUUUAACAAGGAUUAUUAUUUGUACGUAUACAAUAAACAUGCCCACUAAAAGUUUUCUUGUAAAAGUGGAGCUGAUUAUCCAGAAAAUCAGUUGCCCGGGAGUAUGGCUAUGUUCGAAUGGAAAAGUCUCCUUGCAAUUAAGCAUGCUAGACUCAACUAUACAAACGGAAAUCUACAAGCCUUACUUUCCCAUUACUUUUGAAGAAAAAUUCAUUUUUUAUAAAACCUUUGUCAAAGAAAGAAGAUUAAAUGAACUACAACACAGCCUUGGCAAAGAAUGGCUCUGUGCUGAAUUAAUUCAGUGGAAGAGCUGCGACGAAGGAAUCAUUUUAGCAUGUUUUAAAACAACCCUUGACGACCUGCUUUAUCCAAGCGCUUUCAAAAGUGCCAAUAUGCCCGGAACCGAUGUGGAUUUGCUAUUAGAACCGACAAAAUUAUUUCCAGGAACACUAUCACCCAAACUAGAAUUGCGCACUAAAACAACCAUAGAAGAAGUUAUCUCAGAAGUUAAACAGCGCUGUACCAACAAAAUGCUUCACAAUAAUCCUGCCAAAUCCUCUUGCGUUACUCAAAAUUUGCCAAAAAAACUUCAUCCAAGGAAGGUCUGCCACACCACGUCUUACAGCAGAGCCCAGCAGAGAUGUAAGAAUACGAAGAAAGACUCCAGGCCAAUUUUCAAAUAUAAGAAGGCCGAGGACGAUCUUAUUUUGAGAACUAAUCCCGAAAAAGUCUUAAAAGAUGACAUAGUUGUUGCAUUAAAUAAAUAUGAUUUGCAGAUGGCAGGAUAUGAAGCCAUCCCAAAAGCCAAUAAUAACAUAUGCAAAGACUGCAUCCCCUAUUGCUAUUGCAGUGAUUCCCUUUGCGCACCAGAAUCUACCAGUGUUACAAGUAUCAUCAAAAGCAUCAAAACCAAUAAUAGUAGUAACAGUGUGCAGCCACUCGAUCGUUACUGCUCCUCCGAAAUACACCAUGAAUCUGAAACGUGUUCCCUCUGUACCAAAUAUGAGUCAACCUUUUUUUCUUUGCCAAAGAAGACAAUUAAGUCCAAACAGUUUCUAUCUCGACCAGCAAAUACCUCGGACAGCUUAACUUGGUGCUCAGAUUGUAAGCAGCAUUUUAAGAAAAAGGAGAAUAAUAGGAAUUUUGCAACACGAUAAGAAGAUCAAAACCGGCCAUUUUUUCUUUUUUAACCCUUUGAAGCACUUUCCGUUUUUGACAAACUCAUUUAGGAUAACGAGAGUCAAAAACAAUGAUUUGCUGAUGAAUGUGAAGCUUCUUGUAACCAUUUGCAUUAGAGCCCGCCAGCUGAUUUCCGCGAAGAAUUUUCCGAAAAUUGAAAUCUACAUCCUCAAUAAUGUAAUUGCUUAUGACUCUUAUCAUGUCGUUUUGAAUAUAUGUGUAAGACAUUUUCGACUUGAACUUCAAUAUAGACAACUUUUAGUAUAUGUAAGUCGAGGCGGGGGACAUCCUGUAUGUGAGUAUUAAUUUUAUAUGUAUAACGUUUGUAUGUAUAAAAUAUUAAAAUAAAAUAACA